UCUAGGUGUAUCAAUUUAUGAAAAAGAAAAAACGAAAGAGUAGAGUCAUUUGUGUGUAACUUUUUUUCUUCGUCCCCAUUUUGCUCAGACAUUUCUUUCUUUGACUUCAAGUUAGCUUUCUGCCUCAUCUGACUUUUCUUCUUCUCCAUAUUCCUCCUUCCUACUACUUUUCAUUGGGAUUCUUUGUGUGUCAGAGAUUUGCAUUCUCCAAGCAAUACUUCACCAAAACAAAACACAACCCUAUAAAUAUAUAUUUCUUUCUUUCUUUACAACAACAGUGUACUGUUAUUAUUGUUGUUUUUUUUUUUUUUCUCUAUUGAUGGAGACUUCAAGCGUUUCAGAUUUUGACACAAUCCCAAAUUCAUCAUCUCCAACAACUACUACUGCUUCAAAUUCAAGAAUCUUUGGAUUUAAUCUAACUCCACUUCGAUACCCACUUUCUACUUUUCUUGAAUACUCCGGUUUUCUCCGUGCCCGACCCGAUAACCCGGAAACAGAUUUGCUCAACUCUUCUGAAUCAGUUUCUAGUGGUAAUAGUAGUAAUGUUGGUGUUAAUGGUAGUAGUAAUAAUGGGGAAGUUUCAAUUAGUGUUAGUGAGGAUGAUGAUGGGUUGGUGAUGGAUGAUGGUGGGGAAAGGGAGGAGAGGGGUUCCAGUGUGGAGGGGUCUACAGUAGGAGUGGAUUCUAAUAAUAGGGGGGAUUCUUCUUCAAAUCAAAGGUAUGAUAUACAGCAAGUUGCAAGGUGGAUUGAGCAGUUUCUUCCUUUUACUUUGCUUCUCUUGGUUGUUUUCAUCCGCCAACACUUGCAAGGUUUCUUUGUCAUAAUUUGGAUCACGGCUUUCAUGUUCAGGUCAAAUGACAUUCUUCGAAAGCAGACAGCUUUAAAGUACCCACAUUUGCAGGGGGAGAGAAAGAUUACUGUCCUUCUUGGUUAUUUUUUGGUGUUUACGCUUCAUGUUACUGGAAUCUACUGGUGGAAUCGCAAAGUUGAUCUUUUUUAUCCAUUACUUAUGGUUCCUCUGAAGAUUAUCCCACCUUUCUGGCAUGCUAUUUUCAUCAUCCUGGUAAAUGAUACAAUGGUGCGGCAGGCAGCAAUGGCUUUGAAGUUGGUGCUGCUUAUGUAUUACAAGAAUGGCAGGGGCCACAAUUUCCGCAGACAGGGCCAAUUGCUGACUCUGGUGGAGUAUAUGCUGCUCCUAUACCGUGCACUAUUACCCACUCCUGUCUGGUAUAGGUUCUUUCUCAACAAAGAGUAUGGAAGUCUUUUUUCAUCACUGAUAACAGGAUUGUACUUGACAUUUAAGCUUACUUCAAUUGUUGAGAAGGUUCGAUCAUUCUUUACUGCUUUGAAGGCAUUGUCGAUUAAGGAAAUCCAUUAUGGGUCACAUGCCACACCUGAACAGGUAAAUGCUGCUGGUGAUCUAUGUGCUAUUUGCCAAGAGAAGAUGGAUACACCAAUUUUAUUGCGUUGCAAACACAUCUUUUGUGAAGACUGUGUCUCAGAAUGUUUCAGGUUUGAAAGAGAAAGAACUUGUCCUUUGUGUAGAGCCUUGGUCAGACCUGCUGAUUUAAGAUCUUUUGGAGAUGGUUCAACUAGCCUUUUAUUCCAGUUAUUCUAAUAUUGAUGUUACACCUCCGUCAUUGUUCUCACAAAAAAAUGUUGAUAUUACAACAGCGCGAAUGUCUUCAGCUGCUAAUAGCAUUCUCCUCAACUUGGUCAGUUACCGAGUUAUAACAUCACCAUGAGGACGUUGCGUAAAAAGGGGCUCUACCCUUCACUGAUGCAGCUUCUUUGAGGAUUUAGUGGGAUGAGAGGACUUCAUGAUACAAUAUAAGUACAUAUUGUGCUUCUUUUUGUUUAUACAGAAGAACGUCCAUGUAAAGUUAUGUAAUUCACAGAAUUUAACCACAACGAUCAAAAUUUUGUAAGUUUAUCUGGCCUGUAUCGAUCCUCGUCAUUUGAACAGCUAAUGGAAAUGAAGUGAUGGUGUUGGGCCAGUAUAUCACUGUGUCUAAUUGGCGGGUUUACUUUGUUAUAGUAUCACACCAAUUUUUAUCUUUUU